AUGUACUCACAUACACCACCGGCGCCACCACCAAAGCCAGGAAAUCAUGAUACUAGUGGCAUGAGCACACCGGUGCUGGUGGGGCCGUCGUCACACACACCCCGCCCUCCGCCUCCGUUACCCGAAGCCGUCACAGCCGGCGGGCUGCACUCGGCAGAUGUCGGUGCAGCAGCAUUAAAUGGUGCGUUGGUCCAGGCCCAGGACAUCCCGGAUCCCGGAGACCAGUGGCUGCCCAAGUUCUUGCAGGAUAAAUCAAAGCAAGAUUUGGCCGAGAUAUUGUCGGACCCGGCACGCCUCUCGGCGCUCACCCACUCCCCUCAGACAGUCCACCCCUCUUUGGAAUCGUCUCAUGAGGCACUGCAGGUAGCACUAAGUGAAAACAUCGAGCGGGCUGCUCAGCUGCUCGAGCUCGAGGCGAGGCUGGCCCACCAGAGAUCAACAACACAGUCCCAGCUGCUGUCGACUCACGCACUGGAGAGACAGUGGCGGGCCAAACAGGCAGACAUGGACCAUGCGCUGGCUCCGUUCGCGCCUGCAAGUUUGUAUCAGCGUCUCAGUCAGGGGGUUCAGGAACAGGAAGGCGUUUGCUAUGCGCUGGAGGAGAGCUUUCUCGAGGGGGAAGGUGACGGUGCGCUGGCUACGGAGAGAGAGGUCGGUGAUUGGAUCAGGAGGUACAGAGAAGCCAAGAAGCUGUACUAUUUGAGACAGGAGAGGAAGGAGAGGUGGGACGAAGGCAGGGUUGGAGGGUGGAGGUGAACCUCGUCAUUUGCUUGCCCCCUCUAUCAACAGCAGUAGUAUUCUCGUUCCCGGUGUGUUCCGUGAGGGUAACCUAUCUCAAAUACAACUACAAAAACACUCCCAACACAUCACCGUUUGUGCCAUGCACUUCCCCAAGCCCUGAAAACCCCCAAUGUCUAAUCCACUUCUAG